GCUCACCCGUUCUCCCCCUCCCCUCAGUCCUCCAGACCCGCUUCAUCGAGGAACCGGAGGACCAGACGGUGGUUGCUGGGCAGAAGGUAGUGCUGUCCUGCGUGGUGCUGAACUACUCUGGGAUCGUGCAGUGGACCAAAGAUGGCCUGGCUCUGGGGAUGGGACAAGGCCUCAGAGCCUGGCCACGCUACCGGAUCACUGGGGUGACAGAUUCCGGCCAGUUCAAUCUGGAGAUCACCGACGCAGAGCUCUCUGACGAUGCCUUAUAUGAAUGCCAGGCCACAGAGGCUGCCCUGCGAUCGCGGCGUGCCAAGCUGAACGUCCUCAUUCCCCCUGAAGACCCGAUGAUUGACGGGGCCCCCGAGAUUUUGCUCCGUGCUGGCACACCACACAACCUCACCUGCCGAGCACAAAACGCCAAGCCUGCGGCCACAAUCAUCUGGUUCCGCGAUGGGUUGCCACAGUCCGAGGCUGCUACUGCCACGGAAGUCUUAAUGGAUGGAAAGAGAAAGACCACCAUCAGUCAGCUGCUCAUCACGCCCACCGACCUGGACAUCGGGCGAGUCUAUGUGUGCCGUUGCAGCAACGAGGCCAUCCCUGCAGGCAAGGAGGCCUCCAUCAAGCUCAACGUUCACCACCCUCCAACGGUGACGCUGUCUAUUCAGCCCCAGACGGUGCAGGAAGGAGAAAGAGUCACCUUCACCUGCUUGGCCAACGCCAAUCCAGAGAUCAAGGGCUACAGGUGGGCGAAAGGCGGAACGAUUAUUGAGGAUGCCAAGGAGAGCAAAUAUGAGACGCAGGUGGAUUACACCUUCUUCACGGAGCCGGUCUCUUGUGAAGUGCGCAAUGAUGUGGGCAGCACCAACGUCAGCAUCCUGGUGGACGUCCAUUUCGCUCCUCGGAUUGUGAUGGACCCAAAGCCCCUGAUCACCGAUAUUGGCUCGGACGUCACCUUGACCUGUGUGUGGACUGGGAAUCCCCCGCUGACCCUCACCUGGGCCAAGAAGGAAUCCAACAUGAUACUUGGAAACAGCAACCAGCUGCACCUCAAGUCUGUCACACAGUCAGACGCGGGGCUGUACGUCUGCAAGGCCAUCGUGCCACGGAUCGGGGUGGGCGAGCGUGAAGUGGCCCUCUUGGUCAAUGGUCCGCCGAUCAUCUCCAGCGAUUCCAUCCAGUACGCUGUGCGGGGGGACCGAGGAAAAGUCGAGUGCUUCAUUGGGAGCACGCCCCUCCCCGACCGAAUCGCCUGGGGCUGGAAGGAGAAAACCUUGGAGACGGGCACCUUGGAGCGCUAUACCGUCGAGCGGAGCAACACGGAGGACGGGGUGCUCUCCACACUGACCAUCAACAACGUGAUGGAGGUGGAUUUCCAGACACGCUACAACUGCACCGCCUGGAAUGCCUUCGGUCCGCGGACGGCCAUCAUUCAGUUGGAGGAGAAAGAGGUCCUGCCAGUGGGCAUCAUUGCUGGUGCCACCAUUGCAGCUGGCAUUUUACUCAUCUUCUGCUUCAUCGCGCUGGGAUGUUUCCUCUACCGACGUCGCAAAGGGAGCCGGAAAGACGUGACCCUGCGAAAGCUGGACAUCAAAGUGGAGACGGUGAACCGGGAGCCCCUGACGCUGCACACGGACCGCGAGGAGGACACGGCCAGUGUCUCCACCGCUACACGGGUCAUGAAAGCCAUUUACUCGUCCUUCAAGGAUGACGUGGACCUGAAGCAGGAUUUGCGUUGUGACACAGUGGACACGCGGGAAGAAUACGAGCUAAAGGAUCCCACCAAUGGCUACUACAACGUUCGUGCCCAUGAGGACAGGCCAUCUUCCCGCACGGUGCUCUACACGGACUAUCGCACCCCUGGCCCGUCUCGCUACGAUGGGCGGCCGUCUUCACGCCUCUCCCAUUCCAGCGGCUACGCUCAGCUCAGCAGCUAUGCCCGUGGCCCUGCCUCUGACUACAGCGGAGACCCAGUCCCGGGACCCACAUCGGGCCCGGCCACUGCCGACACGGCCAGCCAACUCUCCUAUGAAAACUAUGGGGGUCAUUCAGGCUUCCCCCCAAGUGCCGGCUAUGCCACCUACCGCCUGGGUUACAGCCAGCCUCCCCCGCCCACCCUGGACCGGGCGACCUACGACACGUACGACCCCCUGGGAAAGUACACCACAGCAACCCGCUUUUCCUACACCUCCUCGGACUAUGGGCAGCGUUUCCAGCAGCGCAUGCAGACUCACGUCUGAAGUGGGCGUUGCAUCUUAGUGGGGUGCAGGUACCUCAUGACUGCCCCCUGAUAUUCAGGGGGCUGUUUCCCCCUGCCCUCCCGGCCUCUUUCCAGGCUGGACUUGUGGACAAUGCCAAGUGUGGCACCUGCUGCCCGGCUGAGGAUAACGCGGUGGCCGCCAGUCCAGCUGCUCUUCUACGGUUUCCUCCCUGUGGCUUUAACAGACUCUGACGGUUCUUUGGUGAGGGUCCAGACUCUCCAGGCGCCCCUUCCUCAAGGGCUCCCCCUUUCUUCCUUGUAAAAGACAGACCAGUGGGGAGGGCGAUGGAGCAGCCACAGAGCAGUCAUUCUCUCCAUCCUGCCUCUGUUGAAACUCAAUCUCCAUCUUACCCGCAGAAGGGGCACGUCCGUUGGCAGCCCCAGGCAAAAGCUGCGGGCAGCCUCCCACUGGGGGCACCGAGGCCCAAUUCGGUACAGUAAGGCCUAAUGGUUGGAGCUAGCCAUCAAGCGGGGGCCAUUGGUCAAGUUUUAGCCCUGGCUUUUUAGACCAGCCAGGAUCAGGUGGCCUUGGGUGCAACAGGUGCCUCCUUAAACCUCCCUCUUAAGAGAAGUGGUUUGCGCUUGGGGCAAUGCUGGUUGGGAAUGGUCAAGCUAAAGUCCGCACCCCUCGUGGACCCCCUUUGGCUGAAGGCUGACGGAGCAAAAGUCCUGUCCGCCUCGGCCAUAGCGCUGCGCGGUGCAAAUUGUGGUACGAAACAGAGUCCUUGGUGGCAAUUCCUCCCCCACUUUCAGGAAGGUGUUCAUAAAACCUGCACCCUGUGUGGGUCCAGUUAUUGGAGGGCAAUAUGGGGUUGCUCUCAGGUGCCCCCCACCCAACCACAGGAGGGUCUCAUCCCCAAGUGAAACUGCUGCCAGCCAGGAGGGUCUCUGCAAGACAUGGCUCUGUGAGUGCCUCCCCUCCAAAGCUUUCUGCCAUGGUAGCCAGCCUGGAGGAAGCCUCUUUUGCACACACCCCCCACCCUCUUGCUUGAGCCCCGUCCCCUGGCGCUGUCCAGACUCUCCUCUGGGCCAGCCUGGUUGCGGUCAGAGGCAGAGGAGACCGCUGCUGGAGCCUGACCUUUGGGAGGUCAGGGCUGGACACACCCUCCGGUCUCCCCCAUGGCCACAUUCUGAGGGGUAAGACCUUACGGGCCUGUCCCAUCCCAAGCAUAAGGGCUUAGGGCUUCUUUCUCUCUCCGGCCUGGACCCACAGCUGUUGCCAGGGGUUGGUGAAAUCAUCCUGUGGGUCUGUGCAGCCUCCCCUCCCGCCCCCCCCCAUUGUCCUACCCUCCUUGCUAGGGAGUGACUGCAAGCUCUUCAGCCUCCUGUGCCUUAAAACUCUUGCUCUGGUGCACCCACUAAAAAGGCAGAGCAAGUUGGGGGGGGGGCAGAUUCACUGACAGGAGGUGCCCCAGGCUG